UAACAAGUUACACACUGACGGGAAAACAUGCAGAAUAAAUGUGCAAGUAUUACGUCUCUGGUGGCAGAAUUCAUUGUGUUUAUCUCACUGUUAAAUAUCCAAAUCUGGUAUGAACAUUAAGGGGAUAUAUAAAUGGAAAGGAUGAAAUGUUGAUGGAAAUAUUCAAAUUGAUUGAACUUUGAAACAACUAUGGCAACAAAUGAUAUAACUGUUCUUUGUAAAAUCGUAAAAUAUUUACCGUUUAUGGUCACAAGAGAAGACUUAUGUAAAUUAUCAAUUAUUUUGCUCAUUUCUAUAUUUUCACAGUCUAUUUGGUAUCUUAAAGAACAAAUAUACUUUGAAAAAGCAACCGAUAUUUUCUCACAGAAAUUAAGUCGAAAAACGUUUGACGUAGAAAUAAGCAAAGAGAAAACAAUUGAGUUAGCACAGGACGCAAAGUACCGAAACGACAUUUUUACAAAAUACUACCGACCAAUCAGAAAUUCAGAUGGUGUUAAUUGCUCAAAACUUAUACAUAAUGACAGAUAUGAGAUAUUAAAAGCAAAGACAAUAAUGAAUUCUGGUCAUAACGCGAAAUUAUAUCUUAACUCGGACUUUUUCUUAAAUAUAACGCGUAGCUGCUCUUUUUUUCGUAACAUGAGGGGGUAUAUACAGCAUCCCCUUUCAGAAGAAGAACGUACAUUUCCCAUUGCUUUUUCUAUUCUUGCUUAUACUGACAUUGAACAGGUGGAAAGACUCCUGCGUCUAAUUUACAGACCUCAAAAUUACUAUUGUAUUCAUAUAGAUCUCAAGAUGCGUCCAGCAGAAAAAACAGCUUUAAAAAACAUUGCCAGUUGUUUUAAAAAUGUGGUUAUUGCUAAACAAUCAGUUAAUGUCACUUGGGGAAAUUUCUCACUCUUACAAGCAGAAUUAGUGUGCAUGGAAACACUGUGGCCUUUUAAAGCUUGGAAAUAUUACAUGAAUCUGGCUGGACAAGAAUUUCCUUUGAAAACUAAUCGUUAUAUUGUGGCAGCUCUCAAGGCUUUAGACGGGGCAAAUAUUGCGUCAGGAAAAGAAGUAGCGAAUACACCACAGUUGCAGGCUCGAAUCGCUAUGAAACAAACGCCUGCGCCCCAUGGUAUAAGGGUUACUUCUGGGUCAAUGCAUAUUGCAGCCAAUAGGUUCUUUGUCGAUUUCUGUAUUCAUGAUACAAGAGCACGUGACUUUUUAGAAUGGUUGAAGUCAACACAUAUUCCGGAUGAACUUUUCUUUUCUUCAAUAAAUUACAACCCACAUUUAGGUAUUCCAGGUACCUACCUUGGUAAAGUUGCUGGGUCUCCACUUAGGAAAUUAUUUCUUCGUUAUGUUAUAUGGCACGGGCAAAAUAACAACAUGUGUCGAGGAUUUUUUGUCAGAAAUGUGUGCAUUUUAGGUGUUGAAGAUUUAUCAAAGGCUUACAGUGGUCUUCACUUAUUUGCUAACAAGUUUCAUCUAAAUUUUGAGCAUUUUGCACUGGACUGUUUAGAAGAAGUAUUAUAUGAAUUGACUUGGGGGGAAUUUGUUGAUGAUAUCCAUAUUAAUGCUUCAUAUUACAAACGUUUAGAUUACGUCACAAAGCAAUUAAAAACUAACGGAACAUAUUCAUAACUAACAAUUGCUGAUUAACGCCAAAUCGUAUUUGCAAAUGUAAAUGCACAUAUGCAAAAUAAAAUCGCGAAGAAACGACAAACUUUGACUUAGUAUUCACAUGUUUGCAUUAUCAAGGAUAAAAAGUGAACGACUGACGAAAGAAAGGCGUGCUGUGUUUGUAAUGUCGCAGCAAAUAUGAAAAUAUGCUAAACACAAAGAUACGAAAAAGUCUAAGUUUGAAGUAUUUUCGAAUGUUUUUACAUUGUUGCGAUUUCCUUUUUUUUUCAUUGUUACACCGUUGCAUUUUGCGUUUGUUAGUACAUGUACAAGGGCAUGGGAACAUUAAAUGCAACGGUGAAAGCUUAUAAAAUGUGAAAAAAUAUAAUUGUAAUGGUUAACUUCAUUAUUCCUUUCGAUAAGACAUAAGACAUAUUUAAAAUUUUCACAUGCGUUACCUUAACGCAAAGAUGCGACAAGGCAUCACUAAAAAGAAGCGAAAAUAUAAAACACUGCGAAAUAACAACAAUACGACAAUGCGCAAAAGCAAACAAAUAGUAUUGCCAAAAAGCGAAACAACGCAAAAGCAGUAACGAGAAAUGGAAUUAUACGAACAAAAGAAAGAAGAAAAAUGCAAAAACAGGUUGCAUUUUAUCAAUAGUUUUUGCCUUAUUUGUCAUCUUUGUAUUUACGCGGAAUACGACAUGGAUUCCUACAUCAAUUGUUUAAGAAACUAUUAAAGUAUUACAAUAUCAUCUCUAAUUUAUUCCAUUUAAUUUUAUAUACAUAUAGUUAUAAUAUGACAAAUUACAUGUAAUUAGAAGUAAUACAGAAUUUCGACUCAAAAAUAACAAUAAACAAAUGAGUUUUCAAUUUCAAUUUUAAAGUGUGUAUGCUAUAUUUUGUUAACUGGUUAAUUAACUGUUUUCCAUAAAUCUGUACAUACAUUUAUAUUUUAAAUCUAAUUAUAAUAGUCCAUCCUACCUAUUGAAAUACAAUAUAAUGAUUUCUAGUUUUUAGUACUAGAUAUUCAACUUACACGACAUUUAUAUUGUAUAUAUGGAGUCGCCAUAUGAUAUAUAUAUAUAUUGUGUUGGUGCGAAGUAAAACCCAACCAAAAAUGAUGACAUAAUAAUAAUUUGGAAUAUGAUUAAAAAAUAUGUUUUCAUCUUAUUAGAUAUAUUGUCUUGCUUUGUUAUUUAUAUAUUUUUUAGAAAAAUAAAUGUUUAUAGCUAUAUCAAACUAUCUCUUUCUCUAAAUUUUUCAUUUACACAUCUAGAAAUGGGGAGAUCCUUGGCAAGCAUUGAACGUUGCAGACUCGGUUUAAAUGAGUAUAACAUAACUCAAGGCCCUGUCACCAGAUUAAACAGACACAAAAUGUGCUGGGAACAAUGAUCCCAAUGGAGAAGAGAAAUGUAACAACAGUGUAGUGAAAGUAUAGGAACACUUUUUAAACAGCUACCAUACCUAAUAUAGUGAGGCAUAGAAUCUGAAAAAAGGUGAUCCAAUGAACGUUUGUAAAGUUUAUCUAGUUGAUUUCUUGUCAUAAUUUACGAUUCUUAUUAUUAUACAUGUAUCUGAUAUUCAUAAUAUGUUCAAACACAAUAUAUCAUUGCAAAGCUGUUGUCAAGAGUGAUUUUUUUUCAUAUUUUUAUCUUUUUAUUUUAUGUUUGUUUAAGCGGCACGAAUCUUAUGAAAUUCAUUUUGAUAUCAGUUUAAAGAUAUUUUGCUAAACUUUUAUUUGUAUUUUUAUUUCAUGUUGCAAGUUAUAAAAAUUUAAGUGCAUCAAAGAAAAAAACGAGAAUAAAGAUCAACAAGGCAAAUGCAACGUUCACAGGAUUCAAUCCCCCGACACACUCAAGCAGGGCACCCAGAAAGCACCAAACCAAAACCGGGAGUUGACAUAAGGGCGGCGAAAGGAAAGGUACAAGUAAUGUGUGAAAUAAAAAAAAACUUAAACGGGCCAACGUGGGAAUUAAAGAGAUAAGGGCUGUAAGGGUGAAAAAGGAGGGGGUAGCGCCAAUCCAACAAGACAGACAUCACAAAACAUGGAAACAUUCAAAACAGGUAACAAUACAGACAUGAAAAACACACUUUUGUUUUAUUUAACUACGACGUUAUUUAUAUUGUGACAUCGCGGUAAUUGUUUUCUAUCAGGUUCGUGCCGUUGCUAUAUAUAUUGAGAGAAAUAAAGAAGCAAGUAUCUAGAGGGAAGCAAGUCCUGAAGCGCAGCAAGUAAAGAAGUACAGCAUGUCAAGAAGCGCAGAAAGUCCUAAAGCGCAGCGAGUCAAGAAGCGCAGCAAGUCAAGAAGAGCAGCGAGUCUAGAAGAACAGCGAGUUUAGAAUUGCAGCGAGUCUAGAAGUGCAGCAAGUCCCGAAGCGCCGCAUGUCUAGAAGUGCAGCAAAUCUAGAAGCGCAGCGAGUCAAAAAGCACAGCGAGUCAAAAAGCACAGCAUGUCCAGAAGCACAGCAUGUCCAAAAGCGCAGCAAGUCCUGAAGCGCAGCAAGAAAGGCAUUAGUCCCUCUGUCAAACAAGUCCCUUUCAAGUCAGCUUAAGUAGUAGACCCACACACACUAACGUCUGACAGCUGUAUGUAACUUCAGAUAUACUUGUAAAAUUACUCUCAAAUCACAUUUAUCAAGUUUUCAUUUACAAAUAUUAAUUAAUAUAAAACAUUUCAGCAAAGAAUUUUCAUUUUUUAUGGGCUUUAUUUUGAGUCUUAACUUAGUAUGCAUAAUAUAUAAACAAAUUAUAUAUAAAUGAUAUAUAGACCAUUGUUUCAUAAACAUUUGUAAGUUUUGAUUCUGCAAUUAUUAUAAAACGUGACAGACACAUGAUAUACUGUUGUUCGCUCACGCUCAUUUAUUCACCUUUGCCUUUUCCAGCUCUCAAGCAGUUAUUUGCAUCAUAUACAAACUUGCCAGUUGUUGCAAAAAAGUGGUAGCAAGACUUUAUCUGUUUCUUGGAUAUCGAUUUAAGAAAAACCGAUGAUUCGAAUAGCCGCUAUGACUUUAAAGUAAACUAACACAUCUAGGCAUUUUAAUAAUACAUUUACACAUAAAUAUCAGAUAUAUUCAUUACAAAACGUGAAAAAUUAGUAUAAAAAUAUAUACACAUGUAAAUGAUUACAGGAAACAGCCUUAAAUAUUACUUUAGUAUAGUUUACAAUGUUUUGUCUUAUUAUAAAUGCUUCUCGUAUCAAUUUGCAUAGUUCAAUUACUACAGAAUAGUUUACAGAUUGCAUAAGUUCUAUAAAUUUAACAACACUUGGUCUGUAAAAAUAAAAUUUGUUAAUAUAACGUUUUCGGAUUUGAUUGUAUGAUGACCAAAUACAAAUAAAAUGAUAUUCAUCGUCUAUGUCACCACUGUUACAAAUCGUACAGUGCCUCCUUUGGUUACGUUCAAUUUGAAAUUCUUUACUUUUACUAAAACCUAAUAUCUCGCUUGCAUAAUGUAACACGUUACAUGUUAAAUGGUUUGACAUAUGGUAGGUUUAACAGUUAACUUAAAUACUUUGGUGUCAAAAGAUGUGUUGAAGUAUAUACUGUGGCAAAGCUAAGAUAUUAGUGAAAUAAAUUUUAAAAGCGGACAUUAAAUUAAAACAAACUAGCGGUUUAAAAACUGUUUUAUGUGUAUUGUUUUAGCAUAACCCAUUACUGCAAAAAUGGCUGUUUUCAUUGAAAAGGCUCAAUUUGCUAUAAAAACUAUAAAAGAUGCUUUAUUAUUCACCAAACUUGGCACAAAUGUUGACUGAACCAUAGCCUUUGUAACAUCAUACUCAAUCAUAAAUUUCCUGUUACCAUGGGAACGAGGGGACAU